GAUAGGAAAAGAAAAGCUGGAGAGAAACGGCACCGCCACCAUUAUCAGCAGCAGCAUGAGCAGAUGCAGAUGAAUUGGAUGGCAAUGGCAGAAGCUGGGGUGGAAGCAGAGUACUAGCAAUAGACGUGGAACUACUAUAGCCCCCACCAAGUUUCAUUAGUUCAUUCUUGCCAUACCAUUUCUCGCUUUUUAUAAUUUAGUUACUUUGUUUCAAGAAUUGAAUGCCACAACGACAGGGCACAGGAAAAAGGAAUGCAAGUAGCCAUUCAAGCAAAAGACCGAGGUACCCGUUCUGUCCUGCACAUCGUUAAAACACACACACACACAGAAUCAACACUUACCAUAAACAUACACAGGCAAACAUACAUGUAAAUAGGGUUCACAAACACAUAGAAAUAGACGCCUGCAUCACAUAUGCUCACACAUACAUUUAAUCGUGGUCCCAAGUCUUGUAAAUACACAUUCAUAUAAACAUAAAAAUACAUGUGUUGACAUCUAAAUACAUAGACACACCAUCAGUUCACAUCUCACGCUAUUCGCAUACAGUUGUCAAUGACAUAGAUAGACACCCAGAGCUCUACAAUCUAACACAUAACAUACAAACACAACACUCUUUACAUUGCUACAUCCAGAUAUACAUAGACUGAGGCCUACAUCUUUCAGUCCAUUUAUACAGAUUUUAUACACCUAUGUAUUAUCCACACCCAUAAACAUGUACAGGCAUACAGUCGUUAGUAUAUACACAUAAACAUAAAUAUUAAUUACAUUAACUUACUAACUACCUAAAAAAAAAACAUAUUUGCACAGAUUCGUACCUCAACUAAAUCUGAACAUAUUUACUAAGUGUCUGUUAGUGCACUGUGAUUCAGAUUAAGAGUGCAUUAUCGUAGUUGCCGCAUGCAAUAAGUUAUAAGAAAUUUAUCCAGCUGACCAAAAGGCCUCAAUACAGAAGUAUAGCAUGGACUGGUCAGCGCUUCUUUCCCUGAUAGUGACCAUCUCUUUUCACUAUACAUCAUGUGAAAUUGAAAGAACACCAGCUGAAGGCAAAGAGUAUGAUAAAGUACGAAGUUCUGAUGCAUAUUGGCAGUCAUGGUUAAGUCCUGAAGGAGUUGUCUGGUAUCCAGGUCAUGUUGACUAUCGUAAAAAUGGAGAAGUUGAUAGUCGCUACGUUGAUGAAACAGCUGAGCCCGAUGGUUCCCAUCCCGACUCUCGUAGGUACUAUACAAUUGAAAAAGAACCCCAAUUUUUGAGUGAAUAUAAGCAACAGAAUGCAGCACAAACUGGUUUGCAGGAAUCAGAUAAAAGUCAAUAUGUACCUCCACAUUAUGGUUAUGAAACAGACAGAGAAUAUUCGAGGGUUGAAAACCAACAAAACACUAAUUAUGGACAAAAUCAGUAUUAUCCUGUUCUGAAUCGAGACCCAUCUGGUCAAAUACAUUAUGGUGAUUAUUUUCUCAAUGGGCAACGUGUGCCAAAGCAUCCAGACUCUGAUCUCGGUCGCUUUGAUCAUACAGAAAGAGAUAAAUUUAUUCCUAAUUACAAUGGAGACAUACAAUACAUUCCUGGAGCUCCAAGUAGGUUAAAACAAGGUAACCACUAUGAAACGGACCAUAAUGGUGCUGCUAUGGUGGAACAGGAAGAACGUUAUCAAUUUCCAGAUUCACGUUACCCUCAUUCUCAGCUGCCAGCUUAUGAAACUGAGAACGGUUAUCAUGGUUCUCACCACCAGGUUCCACCUGGAGAAGGUUAUUUGCCAUACGGACAAGAUUAUUACUAUGUAAACAGUCAUCACUAUAACACAAAAGAUGGUGAAAGUUCUAUACAGGAAACUCCGAAUGGUCAGUAUCCAUCUGAAAUUGAAAAACACAUAGGUAACCAACCAGGUAAUUUCUAUGGACAUUUCAUACAUGCUGGAGAAGAUGCUCUUCCAGUUCCGAAUAAAGAAGUUGAUCAUCCAACAACGGAAAGAGAACGAGAAAUCUUACCAACUGAAGUUACUGGAAACAGAACCGUGAAUACUUCUCAGCCGAACAAGAAUUUGAAACCAUACAGACAUGGGGAAGAGGAAAAUAGAAGAACUCCAGAAGAGAGAGAAAGGAGUCAGUCAUCGAAAAAAUCUCCAUUGCCAGAUGACAAAUUUGUCAGGAAAGAAGCACAGACUAAUACACCAAGCUAUGAACAAGAUGGACGUAAUGAAAGCUCGUCCACACGACAGCAACUCAAAGUAACGAAAAAACUUGAUAUUUUUCCACCAACUCAGCAAGUCAUAACCUCCCAAGACAAGUAUCCAAAUUCUAGGCAUAUAAAAGACAAAUUUAGAAACAGGGAUAAAAGCAAGGAAACUGCUGCAAAGGAAAGACUAGUAACUGUGCCAACAGUUGAUAUAAAGUUCAAAAUGUUUCAACCUGAUGUUAGUAACAAAGAAGAAAUACAACACAUUCACAAUGAAACUCAUGACCACAACAGCAGAAAUAGUGGGCAUAACAGUAGGUUUCAACAUAAUGAACAGCAGAACCAUCAUCAUCACCGAAAUAGCACACAGCAUACCAAUUACCAUCACGGUAGAAGGAGAAAAACAUCCAAUCGAGGUACAGAUAAUUCCCACAGUAUUAAUCAAAGACGUAAAGGGCAUCAACCGCAUUUUAAAAGGCCUUCUAUUCGGCAACAUACCCGGCCAUCACUGCAAAAGGAGGAUAGUACAUCUGUUCGACAAGUAACUGAUGACAGGACAGCUACUUUUCACCUUGGAAAUGGCAAUCGCAAUUCCAACACUGGUAGUCACAUUAACCAACAUUAUGAUCAAAGAAACCAACAACAUUUAACAGAUGCUAACCAUAGACAGUUAUCGAACCCAAAUCUUUUUGUUCGUACUUAUGAUAGAUAUGCUCCUUUUGAAAGCUCGAGUGAAUUUAGUGCUUUGAAGGAUAGGAAACAAACCCGUCGCAAGCAACACAAUCCUCAUAGGAGCUUUGAUAAUCACCAUGAACAUAACUCUAGAAGAAAGCAGACUCAUAACCGGGAGCAGGGCAAGUCAGUACCUGGUAUUGCUCAACGGAAUACUUGUCCUUCUGUGUCUCAGUGCCGCUGCUGCCGAUGGAGUACUCAACAAACAGAGAGAACAGUGAAAUGUCUUCAGCCAAAAUAUAAGAAAGUUGAUGUUGAAGUCUGCAUUGAAGAAAACAAUGGAGUAUGUGUUCGUACCGGAAAACAGCAAACACUGGAACCAAAUGGCUCUGAAAUGAGGAUGUGCUCAAAAGUUCAGUUGAGACGCUCCUGCCAUGUGUGUUGCCCAAGUCAUUACCCAGUGGGUAACAAAACAACUUGUACAGGAAUACUUGACGGAAUUGACAAAACUGGUCUGAGGAUUAGUAUUUCUGCAGAUGAAGGACAAAUCGAAUAUGCUAGAUUACCCAAAAAUUACCAGCCACGUAGACGUCACAACACACAGCAUAAUGGUAGAGAUCGAUCAAGGAAUGGAUCCCGUAGCAGACAUCAAUCCAGGCGGAGAAUAGUUCGAAGGCCGCGUAGUGUGGCCGUUUGACCUGAUCCUCAAACAAUAACAUCCUAAUUGGAGGUGAUCUAAUAAUGGAACAUUAUCAGAAAGAAUUUGUAAUGAAAUCUAAUUCAUAGGACUACUUGAUGAAUAAACUUGCAAUUCAUCCCUCGUAUGGCCAAACUACAGGAAAACCCAUACGCAUCAUAAUCAGUUCACUUAAUUGCUUGACAUGACACUUAACUGGAAAGAAGGAUUGUCACUUGGUUCUAGGAACAUAUGUGUGUGUGUGUGUAUAUGUAUUCAUGUAUAUGUGUAUAUGCAUGUAUGUGUGUGUAUGCAUGUAUGUGUGUGUGUGUGUAUACAUGCACA